AUGAGUCGCGACACUGAUUCGCUAGACGCGAUCAGCUUCGCCUCAUUAUCUGUCCUGCCUCUGCAGAAGUCGAUCGCUUCAGAUCUGAUUCCCAAGAGCACUAUAGUCGAGGGGUACCCUGCUGCAUCACAGCCCAACCACGUUACACCCGUGGCUAUAUACCGAUUCGCACAAAAGAGUCAACCCCCUCCGUUCGAGACGCGUCGUUGCUCGAGAAUUAGCCUUGAUCCUUCGGGACCAAACAUUACGCCUAUAUUCGACUUUCCCCUCUCUGCAGUGCCUGCAGUUUAA